AAGUCAGAGAUAUCACAUCGUUGAUUUCCGCUCUCCGAAAACUCCUCUGUGUUUCGGGGCGAUGUGAAUACGCACGUGUAACUAUGUUGAGGUGAUAUUAGUUAGUUGUUAACUGUUUUCACGUGUUUGUUUGUGCAAGUCUAUGCAAUGUCCUAAACAUGAGAGGUGACACAGUGCCGAACAUUCAUGAUGUCGUCUAAAAGUGAGCUAAAAAAGUUGAGCGAAGAGAGCCUAACUCGGCAGCCCGAAGAGGUCUUCGACAUCAUCUGUAAGCUUGGGGAGGGUAGUUAUGGAAGUGUCUACAAAGCACUACACAAGGAGUCUGGCCAGGUACUUGCUAUUAAGCAAGUACCAGUUGACACAGACCUCCAGGAGAUCAUCAAGGAAAUCUCAAUCAUGCAACAGUGUGAUUCGCCAUAUGUUGUCAAGUACUACGGUUCUUACUUCAAGGGAUCUGACCUUUGGAUUGUCAUGGAGUACUGUGGAGGUGGCUCAGUGUCCGACAUUAUGCGACUACGUAAGAAAACGCUCUCGGAGGACGAGAUAGCAACAAUCCUGUCCGACACCUUACGAGGCCUCGAGUACCUACACCAGCGACGCAAGAUUCACAGGGAUAUUAAGGCAGGAAACAUCCUGCUGAACACAGAAGGGCAUGCCAAACUAGCGGACUUUGGAGUUGCUGGACAGCUUACGGACACAAUGGCAAAACGUAACACAGUUAUUGGCACCCCGUUCUGGAUGGCCCCAGAAGUGAUCCAAGAGAUAGGCUAUGACUGUGUGGCAGACAUUUGGAGCCUGGGCAUUACGGCCUUGGAAAUGGCAGAGGGUAAACCUCCCUACGGAGAUAUUCAUCCCAUGAGGGCCAUCUUCAUGAUUCCGACAAAGCCACCACCAUCCUUUAGAGACCCAGACCAUUGGUCUCCGGAGUUCAUAGAUUUUGUGUCCCGUUGCCUCGUGAAAAACCCUGAUGAGCGGGCAACUGCCUCGGAGCUUUUGCAACACAUUUUCAUUAGCAACGCCAAGCCUGUGGCUAUGCUGCAGCAGAUGAUUGUUGAAGCACGCGACAUUCAGGAAAAUGAAGCCUUCCGAAAAGAUAAUCGGAAUAGUUCUGGUGAAUCGUUUCCAGACGACGACGAAGUGGAUGCUGGUACGAUGGUGAAAUUGGACGUCGAUCAGGGGACUCUAGUUCCAGAACGAAGCAAUGGUGCACCUGAAUGUCAAUCGGGAACAGCAGGAAGCGAUGUGGAAUCUAAUCUGGGCACGUUAGUCAUCAACAGCGAUGGGGAAGACGGUGACGAUGACUCUACAAUGAAGAGGCAUGACACUUCGUCGGGGGAAAAGAAAGAGAGCUACCGUCCAUAUUUCCUCGACCACUUUGACAAAAAAGAACGGGAACAGCAGCAGGGUAACAACAGGGUGUCUCCCCACGAGGGCACCCCGCACCCCAACCACUUCCCACCGGACCUGGGCAAGACAAUUGCUUCUCUACAGCCCGUUGACAUGUCCGAUGGAGAUACUGAAGCUUCGCAGGAUCGCAAGUUUGCUCAGCAGCUGCAGCGCCAGCUGAACCAGAUUGGUGCACAGGGUCUGCUCAGUGGACUGAAUUCAGCUCUUCAGCAUAGCCCCUUGGAGACAGCUACACCUCAGCCUCCAAGGUUACAGCAGCAGCGUUCAUUCGUGGACGGUGACUUUGACUUUUUGAAAUAUCUCAGCUACGAAGAGCUCAGCCAGCGUAUGUCCAACCUUGACUCUGAGAUGGAACGAGAGAUUGAGGAGCUGAGGCGACGCUAUCAAGCAAAGAGACAACCCAUCCUUGACGCCAUGGACACCAAAAAGAAGCGUCAACAGAACUUCUGAUGAAACUGUGAGACCCUGUGGGGUGCUUCCUGUUCCCCGUAGUUCACUACUGGAAGGUGUGAGACCGUUCUGUCGCCACGCAGCACUCCAGCUCUCUUGUAGGGGAGCGCAAUGUCUGGAAAGUGAGACAUCGUGACACACUGCUUCCAGUGAUGCAGGAAGCCUUCAUGCCGGGCAUUAGAAAACACUUGAAAUUUUUAAAAGAGAAAGGAAUUACGAUGAAGUAGAUGCUAGUGCAAAAACAGUAGAAUGUACCCAACGCUAUUUGAAGCAGGAAACCCUGCACCCCCUCCUCCCCCACCCAUAACACUCUCCCAAAGAUCUUACAGUGCCCCUCUCCAAAGUACCUACCAAAAAGGCAAUAAAAAAAAAAAAAGGCCAGCAGACAAGAGAGACACACCUUUGUGGGCAAAUACCUGGUUGAAAAGUUAUGGGUGGGGAGGUAAUGGCAUUAUAGCAACAUAUUCCUUCAAAAGAAUGCAGUGUUGAGGAAGGCACUACAACCCCAAGGGAUUUUGUGUCUGCAGGCAGAUGGGACAGCAAAGCCACGUGCAUGGCAAAUUUUUUAUCCUUAUUGUAUUUUUUUGUUUUGUUUUAAAUUCAUUUGAAUGUGGACAAUGUGGCUGACACGAUAAUUGGAAGUAGAUGACUUGUUCUCGUUUGGCACGGUGGCCUCUGUUUAUGUAAAAGGCUUUACUCAGGGGGAUGUAGCCGCUUUGUCCCGGGCUAGUGAUAGCAUGGCUUGUGUUGGAAAAGGGCAUUGCAGCACAUACAGAUCGUUUUUAGUUGAUACAAACUUUUAAUGAAGAAGUUACCAGAGCAGCACAGAUGCCGUUUCCACAGGGAGGUUCUAUGGCAAGGCGGACAGUCUGUGGAGGGGUGUGUAGCUACUAGAUGACCAAUUGACUAAAAUUCAUUAAAUAUAUUUGGAAGUAGAGGGUUUUGAAUUAGAGGGGAAAUGGGAGAAGAAAAAAAACUGGAGCCAGUCAUUGUUUAAAGCCGCCCUUCUCUUUUUUAAUUGCAAAAUGGGCAUGUUAAGGGCAGCGCUUCAAGACGAGACCUUCUGAUAUUUUGAACAGAGACUGUUCUUCUGAGGCAUUCUGUGGGGCCAAAAAUGGCACAUACUUUUAUGUAUUCAUUGCCAAAUUGUGCCAUGCAAAUGUGACAAAACCACGCGUGUCAGGACAAUGCCACCUAGAUACAGAAGGCCUGCUUAAUGCCUCCUCUCCCUCCUUCGCUACGUGGACACAUAUACUACAUAGUCAGAAUUCGUCUGCUACAGCGAUUCGCUGUUCUGCAAAUUCAAGAACUCUCAAGUGAUUGCAGCCAAAUUCGCAAAUUUAAACCUAUCGACUAAAAUGAAACCCGCUUUCCAGAAAAUAAGUACUAUUGAGAAAAAUAUAGGACCGGUUUGCGCUUUAUUUUGUUUUCCCAUUUAGUACGCGGGGAUGUUCAUUACUCGCAGACGACAGUGGCUGCCCAUGCGGCUGACUGUGGCUCGUCUCCAUGGCUACGACCGCCGAAAGCACAUUCGCGAUUGGCUACGGCCGUUCAAAACACAAUCCUCAUUGGCUGACUCUUAAUUGUUACGUCACGGCGACGAGUAAGCAGGCUUUCUCUAUCUAGGUGGUGUUGGUCAGGAGCACAGGAAAAGAGAUUACCUUCACCUCCGGCAGCUUAUCUAGGUCGCAAAAUGGUUUAUCUAGCCAGCAUAUCGGCUUCUACUCCAAUCAGCUCCGUGGCUCCAAAGUAUGUGGCCCUGUGCUGUGGAAUGGGCGCUAUCGCACACUCAACACACAAUUGUUCCUGUCUCGGCUCACUUGCACAGCAAAAUUUGGCGAUAGAUACCGCGACGUACCUGCUCAUUGUAGGAUUUCUAAAAAAAAAUAAGGUGGCUUCAGACUACAACUGGCUUCAAUUCUGACAUCUCACAUAUCCCCUCAAAACCUCUAAUUAAAAAGUGGAUUAAUGAAUUUUUGGUAAUCACUGAUCUAGCAGUUGCACACUCUCUUCGACAGAAAUGUCUGCCUGGCCGUACACCCACCUGCAGAAACGGUGACUACUUUGUUUUCGUAGCUUUUUUAUAAAGAAAGCUGUAUUGAAUAAGAAUCAACACCCUUUAUAUCAUUCUCCCGUGGACCGCAUGGCCCAAACCGACCGCGUAGCUCUCACUAUAGCAUCAUCCAUGCACGAGUGGCAGUUCAACAGUUUGUACUGCCAGGAGGAAGGAUAUCCUACGCAAUGAAAAUUUGAUGUAGGGAGAAACAGUGCCAUAGUGUUUUACAGCAGUGUGUAUGUACUAUCCCUUCUAAAUCCUAUGUAAGUCCUAUGUUCCUCUCGGCCUUCCCCCUCCUUUCCUUACCUCCCCUUUGAACCCUGUAGACAUGCACAUCAAGUGCAACUAGUCACGAGGGCAAGAAACUGUUCAGAUGCUCACUUCAAACCUUGUGGACAUCUGCUGUGGUGUGGCUGAUCCUCAGGGUCAGUUUGGCGGACACUUGAGUCCCUUGUGUGUGUGUGUGUGUGUGUAUGUGAUGCCAUGUGCUAUGUUUGCCUGUUCAUCUCAAGAAUGACCUCGGGGGUGCCUUUCAACAACUGACUGACUCCGUGUGUGGAACUGUGUUUGCCGUGACAGACUGAGACCAUUUUACAUCACUGUUUACCUGUUUCGGCGAAAACUCUGUGCCGACAGAUAUUUCCUCAACUCAAAGUGGAUCCUUUUUAAUGUGACAAGCUGGAAGCAUUGUCAGGAUCCAAGAACAGCAAGUUGGCUCCAGCCAUUUCAAGUAUUCAACCUCUUGUACAGUUCAAAACCUGCACAGCACACAUAUUGAACAUAUUAUUUAGAUUCCUUCUGUCAUGUUGGAGCACACUAGAUAAUAAUAUAAGCGUAAGUUACAGGUGGUCCAGAUCAUAGAUGGUAAUCAGCAGGGUUGAACUGGUUGUUUCAAAUCGUAUGGGGUGACUGCAGCGAGCACCUGAGCAAUAAUGUUUUACAAUUUUUACUGUCAGUAUCUUAUGUGUUGCUGUGGUAACAGCACUUGAAUAGCUUCAAGGUCCAACACAAGCCUCUUGGACAAGUUAAAUUUGUAUGUUGUACCCUGGAACCCCUAUAGCAUUCCUUUUUCAUUUUUGCUGCAAAUGCUAACAACAAACUGGUUAAAGAAUAUGUAAUAUGAGUCAGUACGAUAAAAUUUUACCUCUUUCGAUUAAGUUAGCUGCAGAGAUUGCAUUAGAGGAUUGUCAGUUUCCAUCUAUUAUGUACAUUUAUCCUGCUUUCCAUGAUGCUGGCUGCUUUUCAAGCAAUGCAAUCCACAGGAUGGAUUGUGCCGGCAUUGAUUCGUUGUAUUUUAAAUGUGGCAGUGGCGAGCAGGGCAGUGCUGUUUAUUUUAAGUGCUUUGUUUUACUAGCUCCGGCAAUUUUUACGCACUAAUGUUACGGGAAAGAUGAAUGUGUCCUCCAGGGGGGCGGCAAGGAAAACUGCUGACUCUGGAGCCUGCCCACUUUCCAGCAAGAUUUGUGAGUGCUAUGGUUUUUGCCAGUAGACUAGUUCUUUAAAAAAAUUAUUCAGGGUCUGUCUGCCUGUUUGUGCCUUAAAUUCUGGUUUCCAGAACUUCAAAACUCAAUUUUUUAAACCUCUGGCUCCAUUUAAAAUGCAUUAUGAUUUUUCUAAAUUUUUGCAGUGGGCUCUCCGUCCUGCUUCAAAAACAAACUGUAGUUCACUUCGACCAGAAAUGUGGCUUUAUUUAAUGUAUGGAUAGACCUCGGGAUGCUAGAUGGCUGUCGUACAACAAGUCCGUUGUAAGCCUGGGCCCUCAAGCAGAGCCUCCUUGCUUCCUUGCCCCCCCUCUGGCACUAGCCCUGCUGCCCGCUAAGAUAAAAUACUGUCCGCAGUGUACAUGUGCUAAAGGGGUUCUAUUCUACAGCCUACUUUUAAAGUUUAUUCAUUCUGUCACACAUCCAGCACUUCAGAAAGUUCAAAUAUGCAUGUAGGCACCCUGCUGCUCACAAUGUGGGAAACAUAACGAAGUGUGCAUGGCUGGUACUCGCGUCACUUCACUGAAGUACAAGCGUAUUAACGUGCCUCUGUAGACUCAAAGUGAGUAAUUCUUCAUCCUUUGUUUCUGCCGAUUGAUAUUAGGUUUGACAAACUGUCACGAUGGAGCUCUUGGUUCAGGAGUUCUUUUUGUCGUCCUAGGAACUUUUUUUAGUAUUUAUUGUACAUAGCAGAAUAGUGUUCACAGAAUGAACUUAUUAAAAAGAGUCAAAAGAGCAAA